CAGGCGGCGGCGGGUGACGUCGCCGACAUGGCGGCCACAGGCGGCCAGCCGGGGGACGUGUCGGGCUGCCGGGUAGCUUGGAUCGCUGCGCGGGGAGAGGAGCGGUCGUCUUAUUAGUAUUUGCACUCGCGAACAGCGCAGCCCCCCGUGAGGAGAGGGAGCGUCGCGACCAUGGCUUAUCACUCGGGUUAUGGAGCCCACGGUUCCAAGCACAGAGCCCGAACAGCUCCAGACCCCCCUCCACUCUUUGAUGACACAAGUAGUGGUUAUUCCAACCAGCUGGGGGGAUAUCCAGCCGCAGGAGUCGAUGUGGCCUUCAGUGUCAACAACUUGCUUGAGGAUCCGAUGGCCAACCUGGCUGUGGCUUAUGGCAGUUCCAUUGCAUCCCAUGGAAAGGACAGGGUGCAAAAGGAGCUGCACCGUUUUGUGUCUGUGAACAAACUCAAGUAUUUUUUCGCUGUGGACACAGCCUAUGUGGCCAAGAAGCUAGGGCUACUGGUCUUCCCCUACACACACCAGAACUGGGAAGUGCAGUACAGUCGAGACAUGCCUCUGCCCCCGCGGCAAGACCUCAACGCCCCUGACCUCUAUAUCCCUACGAUGGCCUUCAUCACCUAUGUGCUGCUGGCUGGAAUGGCACUGGGCAUUCAGAAAAGGUUCUCGCCCGAGGUGCUGGGCCUGUGUGCGAGCACAGCGCUGGUGUGGAUGGUCAUGGAGGUGCUGGCCUUGCUCCUGGGCCUCUACAUUGCCACUGUGCGCAGCGACCUGAGCACCUUCCACCUGCUGGCCUACAGUGGGUACAAAUACGUGGGGAUGAUUCUCAGCGUGCUCACAGGACUGCUGUUCGGCAGCGAUGGCUACUAUGUGGCCUUGGCCUGGACCUCCUCCGCGCUCAUGUACUUCAUCGUGCGCUCCUUGCGGACGGCAGCCCUGGGUCCCGAGGGCCUGGGGGGCCCCGCCCCUCGGCAGCGUCUCCAGCUCUACCUGACUCUGGGAGCGGCGGCCUUCCAGCCCCUCAUCAUAUACUGGCUGACCUUCCACCUGGUGCGGUGACCCUCGGCCCCAAGUGGCCCUGAUUUUUCCAUACAUUGAAGAUUUGGUUUCCUUG